AUGUGUUUGGCUACCCUCGCCAGCAUCGGCAAGGCCGACGACGUCGAGGGUGGCCAAGACUCGUUCUUGCUCGGCCGCCCCAUCCCGCUGCUCGCCAUCUACGAUGAGCUUGUCCCCGGUCAAGCCUACUUUGUCCUUCCCAUUGACUUCUUCUCUGGCGACACCCUAUCUUCCUCCACCAUUGCAUCUCGUUGCUCAAACCCUGGCAAACUGUCCCUCGUGAGCUUCGGGGAUAGCAACGGCGCUUUCGAGUACGUGAAAGGCGAAGACAGGAAGGUCCUAAUUAAGGUUAUCCCGGAGUUCAUCAUGAGGUUGAUCGUCGCCAAGAAGAAUGAGGACAGUACUGCAUGCGGUGAUGCUAAUGCAGCUGCGAGUCACGGUUUUCUUUGUAGCACGCCGGAGUUGCAAAGGCGUUGCGAUCAGUUAGUGGGAUCUAAAGUGCAAGUUUGGUCGCCGAAAUUGGAGACGAUAUCGGAGUACAAAGCUAGGGUUUUCCCUUGCAAACUUAUGCUGUUGGAGUGGAAGAAGAAAGAAAGGGAAUAA